AGUCUUCUCCUCAGCGACAGCACUAGUAUGUUGGAUUUGGGAGCUGCAAAGAAGCAGACGCCUGUCUGUGUAGAGGGGUGUGGCAUUUGACAAUGGACUAUUGAAUAAGAGAGAGAGAGAGAGAGAGGGGAGAGACCUUGUAGCGUGAUAGAAACGGGGGACCGUAGCGACCGUGCCAUGGAAGGGUCAUACAACGCAAAGAAAGUGCUUCCUCAGCGGCCAGGAUUUCGGCACCAUAGAAAAGAGAACUAUGUGUGUCGCGACGUCCUGUCCCGGCAGUCUACAGAGUGUAGUGAGGUUCAGGAAGUGAGCCAGUCCCAGCUGCAGCAGCCCAGGGUGAAGCUGAACGGCUCCACGGUGGAGACACCCAGUCACCACGACCUGCACCGCGAACUGUUGGUCAGCACCAAACGAGGUCUGUUGCCAGGAGAGAAGCCUGAGCUGAAGCGAGUCCUGGAACAGAGGAGGCUGGAGCAGCACAGAGAGCAGGAACUGGCUCUACAGCCUCCUCUGGAACUGGAGACUGAGCUACGCAAGAGACAGCAGAUACUACUGGAGUAUGAGCAGGAGGAAGAUCAGGCGCCGGGAGGAGCAGGAGAGAGAAGUCCCUGAGUUUGUAACGCGUGAAGGACAACCUGAGGCGCACACCAGAUGUCUGGGCAGUGACGACCACUUGACGUUCCGUCCCUUCCCAUCAGCCCCCGCAGGCCCUGGCUGCGGCCAGUUUCUUCACCCAAGAGUCCAAAGAGUGCACUUGUUCACCUCCUCACCACAAUGGUUCUGCCAUUGCAAUGAACUAUCCUCCUGUUUCUCCCUCCACCAGCCUCCACUGCGAUCCAUAUCCUACAGCUAUAUGAUGAGGACCAACUUCACUGCAGCAAGUUAUUGAAAAGACUACUCCUAGGACUGAUAUGCAUCUCUUGCUGGACUGUUUACUGUGUGGAAAAAGGCAAAUAAGCAAUGUAGGAAAACCAGUCAGUAGGUUUCAUAUAAAGAAUGUGAGUGAAAAAUCAUAAACUCAGCAAAAAAAGAAACAUCCUCUCAGUGUCAACUGCGUUUAUUUACAGCAAACUUAACAUGUGUAAA